ACCUAACCUAAUAUUUAGAUGAUCUGUCAGAUUGCGAGUUUCCUAAAAUCGUCGAUUGCAAAUUUCGACGAGCCAAAACGAUGUGAUAAUUACAUACAGGACAAAGUAUGUAACAGCUGUGUGUAACCGGUUUUCGAGCACAGAAUCGGCAAAAAUGGAGGGCUUGUACAUUCCCAAAAGAAGCAAACCAUGGAAAACAAAAUUAAAAAAGGCCAUAUUUAUUAUUUUGAUUACACUGUUCAUUUUAUUGCUCAUAGCACUUAUAGCAGUGUUUGUUGUAUUACCACUCGUAUUUAUGAAUAGCCUUAGCUUGCAGAAGAAAAUUGUAUUCACAAACUCUGAUUUAAAUAGCAAUAAAGAAUUUUAUGAAACAUUUCCUCAACCAGGGUUCAAAAACCGUUAUAUUAUAGUCAAAGAUUUAAAUGGCUCAACAAACGUAUCCAUAGGUCUUUGGCAAAUGUUGCCAACUUCUGUUACAUUAGAUUUGUAUGAUGAUUAUGCAAUCGACUACGAUUAUAUGCUCAAAAACAGCACACAUGAUAUUCUAAUAUACUUUCAUGGCACUGGAGAAUCUCGUGACGAUUCUGUACUUAAAUACAGAGUUUUCAGGCAUUAUUUUCAAGUCAUAGCCUUUGAUUACAGAGGUUAUGCUGACUCUACCCGAGCCGAUUUAACCGAGGCAUCAGUUGUUAGUGAUUGCAUUCAAAUUUAUAAAUGGGUUUUGGAGCAAACAAAUGCCAAAAUUUUUGUCUACGGACACUCUCUAGGUACAGCUUUAGCUACAAGAAUGAUUGCUCAUCUUUCAAAGGAAAAUAUUAGUCCUGUUGGAUUAAUUUUGGAAAGUCCUUUUACUAGCUUUUUGGAGGAAAUUGCCGAACAUAAAUAUGGAAAACUCUUUGCAUGGUUGCCAUAUUUCAAGGCGACCAUUAUUAACCCCCUUGAAAAGAACGGUUUUACAUUUGACACCAAAAAGUACAUACUCAAUACAACUUGUCCAAUAAUGUUUUUACAUGCUGAGGAUGAUGAUAUUGUGCCAAUUAAAUUUACAAAUAAACUUAGUGAAUUAGCAAACUUGAGGCCAAAUUCAACUGUGGUAGUCAACAAAUUCGAUGCUAAAUUUGAAUAUAAUCAUUACUCUAUUUAUAAGAAUCAAUUUUAUGAAUAUAUGGUUGCUCCUGGAUUAAUAACGACGAUAAUUUUACCAACUGAACUGAUAUCGAAAAAGAAUUACAGCAUAGCAGAGUUACCAGGUGUAAACAAUUUCUAUGUUAAAGUUAAUGAAAAAGAAAACAUUACGUUGGGAGUGUGGGAAAUUUUGCCCAGGUCAAUUUUAAGGGAUGCCAUGAAUAAUAACGAAUACGACUACGAGAGAAUUUUAAAAGAUAACAAUCAAAAUGUUUUAAUUUAUUUACACGGAAAUGCAGCUGAUAGAACUGAGUUUGCUCCAUUAUAUAAUAUUUUAAGGGAGGAUUUCCAUAUUUUCGCCGUAGACUACAGAGGUUAUGGAGAUUCCUUCAAAGGAGAAAUGACGGAGACAAAAAUGGUGGACGAUAUUUUCCAAUUUUACAAGUGGCUUCAUAAUAAAACAAGCUCAAAUAUUUACGUGUGGGGUCAUUCGUUGGGCACUGCCAUAGGAACCCAUUUAGUCUCAAACUUGAAAAACGAUAAUUUAACGACUACCGGGCUCAUUUUGGAGGCCCCUUUCACGUCUGUACCUGAAGUUGUAAGUAACCAUACCGUUUCCAAGCUAAUCAGUUGGGUGCCGUGGUACGAAUGGACCAUUUUGGACCCGUUCGUGGAUAACGAUAUAGCUUUCCAAACGGAAAAGUAUGUUACCAACGUCGACUGUCCCAUCAUGAUAUUGCAUUCCAAAGAUGACUCUAUCAUCUCCUAUCUAUAUGCUACAAGGCUAUUUGAAAUUGCACAAAACAACAGGGAUUUUUCCACUCAAGGGGUUGUUAGAUAUCAUCUGUUUCCUGAGGAUAGUGGAUAUGAUCAUAUGGAAAUAUACAAGGAACCAUUUUUGAUUAAACUUGUUGAGAACUUUAUUGAAGAUUGUGAAAAAUUUAAGAAGCACAAGUGGGUACAAUGAACGGACUGUUUCAUUGUUUUUAAUCUGCCAAAUUUAUACAAUUUAACUUGUAUGAAGGAACACAUAGACGGACAAAAAAUUACAUUAAAAACAAAACUUUUAUAUUUUGUUUAGAUUUUAGUUGUUAGCUCACUGGGUUUAGUUUAAAUUAAAUAUUUAAAUUUAAACUUGCCAAAUUUUAUA